GGGGAAACCGCUCCACUUUCAGUACUUGUAGUAAAACGCAAAGCUGUACUAGGCGCGUCUGGACGUACAUCUACAUAAUUUGCGACCGCUACAACAACAACUUCGAAGAAACUACCAACAUACAAAAAGUCUUCAAGAUGGCUGUGGCAGUAUCGUGUUGGCAACGGUUGCUGCUCAAUAUCGCUCUGGUGAGCGGAAUUUUCGCAUUUGGCGUUGGAAAAAUGGGGUUUGUCAAGGUGUUAAAGAAGCGAGGAUUCGUGAGCAAGGAUUAUGAAGGAAGGGCUGCUAAAAUAGUUAGUUAGCUAACUUAGCUUUGCCACCUCGGCGCGAAAAAGAGGUCUCUUUCAACUCUAAAUUGUUUUGUAAUAUUAAUCUGAGAGCCUACAAAAAUGCUAGCCUCGGUGGAGCAAUGAAUGAACGAACGAAUAGGCGGGCGAGGUGGUAGUGGUUGCUGAUGCUUUUAUCUAUUUUGUACUGCUAGCGUCCUGGCCUCGUCUGGCCUUGAUCUCUAUCAGAACUAGUCUCUACGGGUACUGCUACGGACAGGGCCAUCUUCAGGGACCCACACAUGACAUGACUAUCUACUCAAUUAGUAUAGGCCACUUCGUCUAAAGCCGAGCCGUCGACGAAGAUUUACUAGGAACGGCAGGCUUCGUUUCUGCCGCUUGCGUUUUGUUUGCUGUUUUGAGUAAGACGAUAGGAAGCGUCGAGACGUCAGAUGGAGCGUCGGGAGGAGGCUCACAGGGGAAAGGACAAGCUUUAUGCUCCACUGUUUGUUGGACACAUCAAUCAGUCAAUCAAUCAAUCGAGGAUGAGUCAAUCAAUCCAUCGAGGAUCAGUCAUGGAUAUGUAUGCUGUGGACGUGGAGGAGAAUGCUUUAUUUCGAUACUCUUUUUCCUCAGAGGAGCAUUGUUCUUGAUAUGAUCAGAAGCUCCCCGAAUUCUGUGCGUUACAGCGGAUCAGGUCUUUCAUCAAUUGAAAUUGUGAAGUAAUGUUCUUCCCUUGUAGUUCUAUUCAUUUGUAAUAGUUCUUCCCUCAUCAAUUGAAACUAUGAAUGUUCUUCUCCCCUUGUACUUCUAGAAGUACCAAUUAUACUUCUAAAAGAAACCGCUUCCUCGGCAGCUGCACCUUCUCCCACUGUAGCUGGUUCUGGAGGACCGAUAACUACAACGUCCAGUGGCGAUGAGAUUGAUCCAGCUACCCUCAAAGAACGCGUUGAAGCCUGUGUCCGCGGAACGUUGUUCUUCGAAGUCGUCUUGAAGCAGGAUCGGAGCUUUAUGCAGAAAUGCUGUCCAGAGAUUUUGUUCUUGAAAAGGAAUUUGGAGAUGACAGUUUAUCUGAUAAAGUCAUGGUGGUCUCAAGGAACCUUUGUUGUGAAUUUACGUGAAUAAGUGAAUAAGUACGCAAAUGCUCUCAAAUAUCAUGAUAGAUACUCUUUUAAUUCCCCAAGGGUCCUCUUUCAUACCAUCCACAUCCGCCACCAAACCCGGAGGUUGGGGAUUCGAAGUUGAGCGCGGAGAUCAUAUGGAAUGGGUCAUAACCAAAGUACAUCCAAACACGCCAGCAGCUCUCCAGCCUUCGAUAGCAUGUGAUGCGGAGGGGAAGAAAGGUAGCUUCCGAUUGGAAAGUGGGGAUAUGAUUCUAGCGCUGGACAGUUUUUGCGCCCCUGCGGAUCUAGCUAAAGUGAUGUCACGGAAAGGCGCAAAAACCCUGAAAAUCAGCAUUGUUCGGACCAUAUGGGAUCAGCAGAAGGUACUUACUACACUUAGUAGAUUAAUCUUAAUGCUUAUGCAUAACUUGGUACGGAGAUUUGUAGACCUCCCGCCCCCGCGCGAUGAAGUUUUCUUGACACAAGCACCCACGAACAUGAACGACUUAUAUAUUACUUUCACAAAACUUCAGGCAGCCGAACUACGAAAAUCCGUUCCGCGGUUGUCACUCGUUUCCCGGUUACCACGAGAAAAAGACCAGGAAAUAAAUAUAACGGUUCCUCCUCAUCAGGCGGCUAAACGAGUACCGGGAAAGUUAUGUCAAAGUUAAUACCGUACCCGAUUGUCGUUUAGGUUUAGCUGUCUGAUGCAUUAUUCCUGUCAUAUGAUUUAUGAAUUCAACAUCAUAGAACGUAGUCCCUCCGAGGCUACGUACAUUCGCCCGAGAAUGCAGGUAAAACUGCGGACGGCGGAUCAACUCCUAUCUUCCUAUCCUAUUGCAUUUCUUAUCCUACUCACUUGCAGCUACAGACGCAUCCAUCAUUCUUACUGUAACAACUGGGGUCUCACACAUCCUCUUCAUACCACAGCAACAACUGGGGUCUCACGGUCCAGAAAUGCGUUGCAUCGGAGGCAGGAAGACCCGCUCUCUACGUCCGCGCCAUUGACCAAGAGCGAUGUUUUUUGAGCCGGCUGCUCAAGGUAGGCGACUACAUCGAAGCCAUCAAUUUUCGCGGGAAGAUGGACAGUCAAGACCUGUCACUACGAUUGAACGCAGCCCUACGCGCAAUGGACGGUGGCGCUGUGCUCACAGUGAGGAGAGUUGGUAUUUUUCGACUACGACUUCUCUGGAGAUGCUGGUUGGAGGUGGUUUUGCUAACAUGGUCGAUUUGAAGAUAUUUUUUGAGUCGGAGAUUCAUUGCUUUUUACGCUUGUCUCCAGUAAAACUAUAAGAACUAGUACGGUCCUCUCAUCACGAACCACACUUCCCGCAGCGCCGUUCGACGUGAUUCCGACACCUGGCAAUGAUGGUACUGAAGUCCUGAAUGGAAACGUGUGUUGCGAUGUAGGCUUCCCUGUCGCAAUAGACCAAAAUGGCGUUGUCCAAGGCGGAGAUGAACGACAUAGCCUCAGUGCGGGGGAUAUCUUUCUUUAUGAACGUACGUACAUGCGCACAUACUAGAUCGAUAGAAAUAGAUUUAAAUCUAUUUGGUCUUAGUAAGAUUUCAAAUAGAUUUAGAUCUGUAUUAUUCCCCAGAAGUCUUGCUCGUCUAAUCGGCAACCGCCAGCGGAAUGAGCGGCUUUCUGCAUAUGGCGUUGGAGUUUGCGCAAGCCUCGCUGCGGUCGCAGGAAGAGGACCAGUUUGUAGCAUGUUCUAUUCAAACGGGCGUCUCAACACAGGAACUUUCUGCGGAACUGACGCGUCGAGGCCUACCUGCGGAAGCGUGUCUCACAUCACUGAUCAACACAAGCAAAGAGGUGAAAUCACAAGCACAACAACAACAACAAGGUCCUGUAGUCUCGCAGGUAGACCAGAGGAACAGUGUUGACCUGCAGGAGCAAGCGGGGAAAACAGCUGGGUCUGUGGGUGGCGGCAAAGUAGAAAUGGAUUUUCCCGAUGUGGAGCCGAUAUUAUGAAACAACUGCCUUUUUUUUUUUCACUCAAUUGAAAGAAUUAGGAUUUAGGUAAUAGGCUUUUGCGUAAAUAAAAACUCACUCUGAAAAUUUGACGAAAGGGAAUUAAUAUCUGUCUGUUCGCUUUUGCUUUCUUCUAACCUCCGCCUCAAUCGUGAAACGGCAGAGCGAACACAGUAAGCACGUAGAGAAAACGCUGGCUGAGGUGGAUAAGGGGAUACACUCUUUGCGGCGAAGCGUUUUGUCGAAGGAAGAUGAGGGCGUCCAGCGGAAGCAGGAGAUGAUACAGAAAUUGGAGCGUGUGUAUGCGAACCUGGAAAAACUCACCAGCUUCUACGAGGAGAACUCUUCCGCAUCGGAAUCUGCGGUUGCGGCGUGAGGCUUUUUUAUGCUGAUUUGACGACCAUCAUCGAAAAUAUCAGAAACAUCAUACGGAUUUUCAUCUGUUGUCUGUUGGAGAAAUCAUUGUUGUUCUAUCUACAUGGUUCUCAUGUGUCAUGGCACUCGGCGUAUGCAAAACUCACAUUCGUGGAUACUGUACCUGUAAGGUUAACGGUACCGAGCAACAUAAGAGACUCUCCCCAAGUGCCGUAGGGGAUGAUUGUUGAU